AUGACCACUUCAUGGAGCGACAGACUGCAGAACUAUGCAGACCUUCCAGCCAACAUGGACGGGCUGGCCAUGAAGAAGUACCGCAGAGAGGCUUACCAUAGGUAUGUAUGGAUGGACACUGGGAGGGUACACCUGGGGUUAACAUGACCAUAGGUAGGCCGAUGGUUGGAUGGAUACUAUGUAUGGAUGGACACUGUCAGUGACAUUAGUUACCACGGUUAUGGAUACUGUCAGGGGUGACAUGUUCCCAUAAGUAUAUGGAUAGACACUGGGAAGAUAGCCUAGCGGUUAAGAGCGUUGGGCAAGUAACCGAUAGGUUGUUGGCUCGAAUCCCCAAGCCGAUUAGGUGAAAAAUCUGUCUGUGCCCUUGAGAAAGGCACUUAAACCGAAUUGCCCCUGUAAGUCGCUGUGGAUAAGAGCAUCUGCUAAAUGACUAAAACGUAAAUUAUGUGAAAUGAGAUUCAGUUAUAUGAAGCUACUGUAUAUAGCCAGGUACUGUGUGCCACUGUUUUCCUCAGUCAUUAGGCUUCAGGUACAGCAACAUAUGACAGGAUACUAUGAUACUACUUGGUUAUAAAGGUGUUGAAACCCAACCCUCUGUUUGUAAAUGUCUUUCAACUUGGGGUAAACAAAUUUCCACUUAGCCUAAUUCUCCUUUCACACCUCCAUCAUGACUCAGUAUGCCUUCUAAAUCGCUGUGGAUUUGAGUGUAGUGUAGCUGUAGGCUAUUCUUUUGUCAAAUAGCUUUCGACAACCUGUCAGCAAUGUAGAGAGAUUACAGAGUCAGUGUGUACUAGUUUGUUUUACACACAUUCAGUUCUGAAGUCUCUGGAUUUAAUCUAACACUUCCUGAAGCGUCUUCCUCAGAACUUCAUGACCGUUAUACCAACAUCCUGUUCAACUGAAACACAUGUAUUUUCUCAAUACUGACAUCAUUUGUGAUGUGUUUGUGUGCGUUUUAGAGCUUGGCAAUAUGGACAAAAAUCCAUGUCGCGAUAAAUUGCCUGAAUUGAUGCGAUAAUGAUAAAUAGAACGAUACGUUUAUAACAUUAAUGUGCUCCACAGGUUUUUAAAAUGAUCCUUUCAACUACUAGUACUAGUUUGAUGGUUGUAGCCAUCAAUUGUCCCAUUAACAAUCAUCCAUAUUAGCGAACUUAUUUCAUUUCAAACUUCACAUUUCUCUAGUGUAGGCUACUUAUCGUAAUGAACGAUAUCAGCAAAAUGCCUGUCGAUAAUAUUCUGUUUAUCGUCCCAGCUGUAGUGUGUGUGUGUGUGUGUGUGUGUGUGUGUGUGUGUGUGGUCCUACACUAGCUGCGUGCAGCGGUCAAAUAACCUCUCUCUAUGUCCUAACUCGAUAAACUAACCCUCUAAUUCGUUAAAUAUAGGCUAAAGUGUUGCCCAGUCUUAAAAUAGGUUACAAUGUUUUGGCAGUCACUUGCUUUUGUAAUUGGAAAUUGGAAAUGGGGACCCUAAAAUAGAUGAGCCCUAAAUAUAUUUUAUCUAAUGACAGGAAAGAAGCCUGUGGACAUGCAUGCUGGAUAGCUGGCCUUAAUGGUACACAAUGGCAGUGGGCAGGAAUGCUGGCUCCAUGUCUGUGCGAUAAACAGUGGCUUGUGCAACGUUUAACUUCACUAAAGAGACGUUGUGUGUGCUUGUGCGGGUUAAUUGCAGUUAUUUAAUACGGUUACACAACCUAUGGACAUUACAGCGGCGCUAAAGCUGUCACUCUUCUGUCACUGUGUCACUGUUAGGUCUAUCUGCGUUCACUGACUUCACUGGCACUUUGGCAUCUGUCAGGAAAUCUGUAAGCUCCUCACAAAAACAGCAUUGAACUUUUACUGCCUGGUUCUUUUGUUGUUUUUGAGAGAGGGGUUGAUAGAUUUAUGUACAUCUAAGAACACUUUUUUGAAAUGUCGGGGCUAGUCUAACAAGCUUUGCCGAUUCCAAAAUAUCAGCAACCUUUACAGAAAUAAUAAUAUCUUUGCUGAAAGGUUGAUGAAACCAUACACUUAAACAAUCCACUCAAUCAGUAAGGCUAACACCAUUUGUAAGUCUCACAGAGAAGGGUCUGUUCAACUUAGAUAAACUCGUUCACGGUAGGUUCAAUGUACUGUUUCCAUAAGGUAAGGGUACUGGUGGAACACAUCUGCCUGAUUGUCACACACUGUGGUCUGCCUAAGCUAGGGAUUCACUGUUAGAUAUAGACUACAUAGAAAUAGAAUCAGUGUGCUCUGAGGGGCUUUACCCAUUCUAGUAAAUCUAUUUCUACGUGGCCUGCACCUAAAAGGGAAUCCCUCAGUCAGACCACAGUGGUGACAAACAGACAAUCAGGUAAUGGUAGGCUAGUACAAGAGUCCGGCCCACACAUUCAGUCUAUUUGAGGCCCAGUCAUCAGGCCAAAGUUGGCUGUCCCCCACCGCCACUCUUUGUCAAUAGUAGGGAGAAGAGUACUCAACAUUUCUGACUCCCGCUCACAUUCACCUCAGAACAUCUUGGUCUAUUUGCAGAAAGAGGGCCUUAACUGUACUCCUACAGUUUGACCAUUUAAACUGUUCAUAGGGGGACCGUAGCAAGGAGAAGUCCAGUAAUCUACCCAUUACUUCAAGACCCCGCUUUGUACUCAAUACUGAGAAUACAGUAGAUCCUUCUUAGGCCUACUCACAUUCCAGACGAUUGUUAUCAGUUAGCCUAGAGAGACCUCAGCUGUAAGCUAAAGCUUAGUGUCAGUAGUAGGUCUACCUCACUUCCAGUGCACUGACAUUGUAAUUGUAUCAUCCAUAUUAGGGAUUGUAAGCAUCAGGUAAUAGGCUAUUUCUGAUGAAAUUCUGCUGAGUUAGACUCCUUAAAGCAGUGAAUGGUGUUACAAUCUCCUUAUUCCUGAUGGAUAGCAUAGCCCCUAUUCACAAUGCGUCUCAGAGUAGGAGUGCAGAUCUAGGAUCAGGUCACCCCGGUCCAUACAAUCACAUUCAUUAUCAUCUAAAAGACUAAACUGAUCCUAGUACUCUGAGACUCUUUGCGAAUACAGGCUUGGGCCUUAGUAAUGUACAGUAGCCUAGCUCCAGUGGCUUAGGGCCUGGGAGGGACUGAGUUUGUUGCUGUUUCCACCUGACGGAUUGUUCUGGAUGUCUUUGAUGGCUCGAGCAAACAACAACUCCCUGCCACCAACAACACUAGUGGCAAACAGGCACCACAAACAACAACAACAGAGAAUGAUGCAGAAUAGCCACAAUAAUUUUUGCAACAAGUCAGAAAUUGAAUAGCAAGGAAGCAAAGAGAGUGGGCUCUUUUGUUUCUGGGCUGUAGCUGGAAUAGCGUUACGGCAGGCUAGGCCAGCGCCCAGGCUAGUACGCUUUUAAUCACGACACAGAAUGCAUCGUUUUUCUGCUGUCGGGUUUAACUCGCAAUGGAAGCUGGUUCAGUAUGGAGCUGCAGCAAGGUAAUGACAAAAUAUUGGAUCAUUUCUGAAUGUUUUAUGGUCUAUUUCCUAGGGCCGGGACCAUACCAGUAUCACAAUAUGUUUUCCGUGGUCAAAAUGAAAACACGAAGCAGACCAAAUUCUUUGCUCCUUUAAAAACCUGCUGUAUGUAAAAUAUUGUGCUAUAGCUUGGAAAAUACAUACAUGUGACUCUGGAUGACAGCAUAAUGAUGUCUGUUUCCAACAUUAGGGCUUUUUUUUGUAAAGAAGUUAAAUUUGAAUUGUGUUUUGUUUUGUUUCCUUGCCAUGAUACUAACGUGUAUCGCGAUACUGUUGUCGUCCCGGACCUACUAUUUCCUUGAAUAGGAAAAGAGUAGUGUUAGGGUGUUGUGAAAAUUAGGAUUGUGUCAUACAGAAACUCGCAUAGAUAUUGAUUGAUUGUUUUGGAGCAAAGUAAAACAGGUUUGUAGAACCUGUUUUCAAUCUCCUUAGUAACUGUCACGCCCUGUCUCUAGGGACUCUUUUAAGUUGAGCCAGGGUGUGUAGAGUUUAUGUUUUGUGCUCGUUGUGUCUAGUUUUUGUUUAUCUAUGUUGGCCAGAGUGGUUCUCAAUCAGAGGCAACGAGUAUCAGCUGUUGCUGGUUGUCUCUGAUUGGGAACCAUAUUUAGUCAGGUGGUUUUCCCACAGUGUUUGUGGGAUCUUGUUCCGUGUUGGUUUGUGUUUUGCACCUGUGGACGUCACGUAUCGAUUUGUUGUUUUGUUCGUGUAUCAUUUAAUAAAUAUGUAUGUUCACCUUCCACGCUGCGCCUUGGUCCUCUAUAUCUGACGAUCGUGACAGUAACAGAUAUGCAAUUGUUGAACUGGAUAGAAAUAAAUUGCUAGAUUAAUUACAUUGAUUUGUGCUUGAAAACAUCUGGAGACUUCUUUGAAUACCAACAUAUUUAUAAAAACAUGUACGGCGAAAUUCUAUGUGUAGCCUAAUCUUUGUGAUACGAGUUACUUUGCCGUAUAAGUUGUUUUGUGGUAGUUUGUUCAAAAGCUGUAGGUAGCAGGCUAGGCUGAGCUAACACAGUGAAGCCUAGAACCAGAGGAACAGAGAUCUCUCUGGCUGGAGCUGCCUGGCCUGGCCUGCCAUUGGAGAUGGCUGGAUCAGAAAGUGUCAGGCAGGAUAUGCCAACAAUGCCGACCACUCCGGCCAUGCAGGUCCCCCUACCAUGCCUUCAGAUUUACCACCGGGAACAGUUGAGCUAGUUGAGCUGCCACGGUGAACAUGCUGUCUAUGCAGAAUGGAGAGUCAUGUUCAUUAGGACUGAAACGGGGAUGGAACUUGUCCAAUAAGAAAUGCUCAUUUUGUUGUCCAUUGCUAAAUGUUUUGCCAUAGUGUGCGCUUGUGAACGUACCCUGCAGGAAGCAAUGCACUGUCAAAGGGCUAGCUGUCUAACACUCAAAUUCCUAUGUUUUGAAGACAUGGGUGGGAACUGUACUUGUAAGGCUAGAGAAAAUAAGAGCUUACUGACUUCAUUAUCUGUGUCAGAUUGUUUCUAAUAUCUGUUUUGAGGCCAUGCAAAUCAAUUUUAGAUGUUUGUUAGGCUAUAUUUCAAAAUGAGACCCCAUCACAAGAUGGUUAAUAUAGGAUUUCAUCAGAAAAAUACCUCCGCUCAUUCUUCUUCUGUGAGAGAGCCAACUUCUCCUAAUCUUCUCCUUGCACACAGAGGUAGUACUGUCUUGUAUGUCUCUCAAAAUCACCCUUCUGAUUCUAUCCUUCUCUGUUUUCUCCCUUUUUUAGAGUUUUUGUAAACAGAAGCUUGGCCAUGGAGAAGAUUAAAUGCUUUGGCUUCGAUAUGGAUUACACUCUAGCUGGUAAGUGCCCUACAGUCGCUGCCCUGGCCGUCAACGCUUCUUUACAGUGUGUGUGGUGUGUGCGCCCUCGGCACACCGUCCAGACUUUACAAUGUUGGCUAAGUCAGCUCUCGUUCGGUUGGCAUAGCAAUUAGUCGUCGGCCAUAUUGAUUUCUCCUUCAGUGUUUGUUGACAAAGUACUCCGGGUCAGAACAGAGGCUCACGUGUCAUUCGAUAAGCCCAGACCAGACUCACUGGGGCCUAGGGGGGCUAGGGGUCGUGGGUAGAAGGACAGGGAAGGUGUAGGUUUCUUGGGGUACAGCGAUGAUGGAAAAAGGUGAGUUCUUCAGAAGCAUUCUGUAAUGGGGAGGAAAACGCAUGAACUGAAUCUAGUUCGAUUUAGAUGGUAGCUUAGAGGUAUUGAGCGACUGUUUUUAUUCACUUCUGUCAUUGGAAUUUGUAAACAACAAAACUCUUUGACCUCAAGUGCAUGGCUAAAACUAUCCUCACACUAGUACAGUUUCUCUGUAUUGGACUAAGCAAUAGUAAAAUAGUAGCAGUAAUUUGCUAAUAGUUUUCCAAGUGACAAUAGGUUGUCCAUAAUCCAUUGAACUGACGGUCAACCACAUGAAGGCUAGGCCAAAGCCAAUUAGGGGACAUCUCUUGACACAAUGUGUUAAUGAUGGUGUUGACAUGCGUCCGUGCCCGAUUUUAACUGCAUGACGAACCAGAACCCGAGCUAAGGUUCUCCCCAGUGACUGCAGGAGGCUGAGGUGUCGCUGUGUCGUGCUCUGGCCGGGGACGCCACAGCCCGUUCCUGCGGUCGCAACUCGAGCGUUGAGUGAAGCGAUACGAUAGCCCUGGCAUCUUGUAAACAUCAUCACUUGGUUAUGGGCCGUCCCAUAUAAAGAGGCUACAUGUCAACAGUUGAGCAUCUGUAAAAUCUACCCUCAGAUGAUGGAAAUGUGAUAUGGUCCGUAUGUGUGUUUACGGGUACAAGCUAUCCCCUUUCCCUAGGGAUGACCCCCUCCUCAAAGUCAGACACACACACUGUAUUUAUAGAGGAAUUACCAACCCUCCUGUUAGCUGAGUCACUGAAGCACGUUUAGCUAGAUAGAUAGCGCCUAAAGAGUCAAACCACUCACUGGGACGACUUCUCAUGGCAGCAGGUCGGCUAUACAUUGGUUUCUCUUUAUAGUGAGGAUUUAAAAGGAGGGCUGUUCUCUCUUAUCUUAAGGAGUUUUUUUUUAGGAGUUGUACACAAUUGUUUUCAAACAACGUGGUUCAAUCUACAACAAAUCCUCUUACUGUAAGUAGACCAUAACCAUACAGUAUACAUCCAUAUGAGGAUCAUGAUAUCUGGUAAAAAUAACCAUGUUCUUCCAUGAUAGGCCUUCUGUCAUUAGCUGUGUGUCACACAGAGAAGAUCAAAUGUCAUGAAGUGCUCCAGUAUUUCCAUAUCAAUAUGAUAGUCCUAUAUAUGGGGCUCCCGAGUGACGCAGCGGUCUAAGGCACUGCAUCUCAGUGCUUGAGGCGUCACUACAGACCCCCUGGUUCGAUUCCAGGCUGUAUCACAACCAGCCGUGAUUGGGAGUCCCAUAGGGCGGCGCACAAUUGGCCCAGCGUCGUCCAGGUUUGGCCAGUGUAGGCCAUCAUUGUAAAUAAGAAUUUGUUCUUAACUGACUUGCCUAGCUAAAUAAAGGUAAAAUAAAAAAUAAAAAUAAAUAUAUAUACAGUAUUUCCAUAUCAAUAUGAUAGUCCUAUAUACAGUAUUUCCAUAUUAAGAUCAUGAUGCCUGGUAAAAGAGAAGGGCAUUAGUUGAACCAUGCCCUUCUAUGAUAGGUCAUCCGUCAUUAACUGUGGUUUAUAUCAAAGGUCAUGAAAUAAUCCGGUGAUGACAGCUCUGUGGCCUAACACUGUCCCCGUCCACUCGCCUCUAGCAAAUUACCGUGGUAACUAGAUACCCCCAGCAUCGCUGGCUGACACAUCUGUCCUCGACUCCUCGCUGUUCUGAAAACACAACCUAGAGAGGAUGUAGCUCAGUUUGUAGAGCAUGGCGUUUGCAACGCCAGGGUUGUGGGUUCGAUUCCCACGGGGGGUAUGAAAAAAGUAAUGUAUGCACUAACUGUAAGUCGCUCUGGAUAAGAGCGUCUGCUAAAUGACUUAAAUGUAAAUGUAGAGAGAGGCUUCACUGUACUGUAGUUCAAAUGACACACACACGCACACAUACUGUUAUGAAAACAACCUACUGAGAGACUCCACUGUUCUGAGAAGCUCAACUGACAAUGGAGCCACACUGUUGACCUGUUAGUUCUAUGGGGCACAGGAUUAUUUUUCACUGUUCUAUUGUAGCAUGGUGAUUAGCCUGAAAGCCGUUCGGUUUAGAAUAAGCUAGGCUAUGCUAUGCUAUGCUAUGCUAGGCUAACUCUUAGCCUUUGGCAGAGCGGAGCCCAAGCUACUAGUAGUACUCAUGUUAAUUGAUGUUAUUUUGACACGGUGUUGCUGUCUAAUAAAGAUACUGCUGUCAAAGUGACAGCGAUGUCUGGACCCCCCUCCGAGACAGCUAGAUACUUAUUUAGGCCUAUAAUUAGCAACCAGGAAGUUGGACAGAAGACACUUCAUAUGUCAUAAGCUAUGCCUACGUUCCAUAUAGCACCGUAUUCCCUAUAUAGUGCACUUUUUUUGACCUGGUACCAUAGGGCUCUGGUCAAAAUUAGUGCACUAUGUUGGGAAUAGGGUGCCAUUUGGGAUGAAGCCUAUUUAUGUAUCUGUAUAUAGUACAGUCUAGUCCAGUAGAUUUACAGGUCUAUGACCAUGUUUUAGUUAAAGGGUUACGUUGUUUACCCUUAGGUGAGGGGUAUAGCUUACAUUUGGAAUGAAAGUGACCCUGGAGGGCUGUAAAUUAUAGCCUGGUAAUGCGCACGCACGCACACACACACCACGCACACACACACACAGCUUAAGGGAAUUAUCUGUCAACGACUGCGUCAGGAGAGGAGGUGGUAAUGGAUCCCCAAGCUAAGUGUGUGUUUGUUACCAGGCAAUAAUUUACAGCCUUCCAGCGUCACUUUCGUCCCAAAUGUAAGCUAUACCCCUCACCUAAGGGUAAACAACGUAACCCUUUAACUAAAACAUGGUCAUAGACCUGUGAAUCUAUUGGACUAGACCAGGGAUGGGCCACCGGACAAUUUCACCCCUCCCCCCCACAUUUUUUAUUUAUUAUAUAUUUAAUUGUUUUACUUUGUCGGAAUCUCAACUUACUGUUAGUUUUUUUAGAUCUGUAAAUUAGUCUAGCUAUCUAAAUCUCUAGUAACCAUGGUCAAAUUACUGACCGGGGUGGGGCCCAUUGAUCAUCAGUUUUUUUUUUUUUCGCUGUCACGAGGGGUGCCCGCUAAAAUGUUUUGCUCGCAAGGUGAGGGGGUAUGGAUGUGGGUACACAGACCCAUUGCGGCCCAUCAUGAUGAGUUCAGUUUUUUUGUGGCCCCCACCCCCAUCAAAGGUGCCCAUCCCUGGACUAGACUGUGCUAUAUAUACAGGCAUAAAUAGGCCUUGUGUGUGUGUUUCCCCGCCUGUGUGUGUUUAAACUAAAGCUGUCUGAAGGUCGCAGCAGUGGACAGUGCGAGGGAGAGAGCUCGGCUCUUCGCCGGCCAACCAAAGAGAGCGAGAGGGAAGGUGACGGAGGGGAAAAUACUCUCAAAAUAGGUUUCUUUGUAACAGCCACAGAGCUUAGGGAAAUGGAGGCAGGGAUGGUGCGAUGGGGGGGGCUAUUUGUAUGGAAGAAUCUGGCCCAGGACUGUGCGACUCUUCGAGGCUGCAGCACUGGGCGCGCUGCCCACCACUCCUCUGCUCCGCUAGCUAGCUAGGGACACUGGAACGCCACAGGGGAUUUGAACUCACCAGAGAGAGAGAAAACACACAGUUGGGCUUAGAGGCAAACACACAAAUGGGUAAAUACACACUCAUGCACACACACACACACACGUUACACUAAGAAGGACGUGUAUCUAGACUUAUUCACACUCACAGACCUCUCUCGCUCUCUGUCUCUCUCUCUGUCUCUGUCUAUCGGUUUGUCUGUGCACGCUAACUCAGUAAGACACAGAUGUUUGCCCAGGCCUAUUCCUUCCACGUUUGGGGUCUCUGUGCUAGCUAGCUUAGCCCCACAUCGCCCUUCCUGCUCCCUCUAAGCAUCAGCCAAGUCCUCCCCUCCUGCAGCCUGAUUGGACCUAAUGUGGAAAAACACCCUUUAUAUUAAUACCAUCUGACAGCUCCUUCUUCCAAUGUCAGUUAGCAUUGUAAUCGGCUGAUAGGCUUCUCUGGCCCAGGCCUGGACAUUGAAUCCCUCUCUACUUUUCCCCUUCAUCCCUGGCUUUGCUCGUUAGGCCUGGGGGUGUGUUCAUUAGGCACCAAACGGAGGAAAAUGGACUGAAACAGGGAGGGACUAUGUGGAAUUGCCCAAUAAGAAAGGCUUAUUAUCCUUUUCCGUUGCAAAACCUUGAAAAAUGUUUUCCGUCACGUGCCCUAAUGAACAGGACCCUGGAGAAGUCUGGUUGUUUGGUCUCUGAAUGUCAUCGUCUCCACAGGCCUAAUUAGAACCAGAGUUGAGAGUUGAGCUAUGGAUCCUGUUUCUCCACGGAUUAGAUCAUAGGAUAUUCAGUCCCCCGCGCUCUGUGUGUGUGUGUGUGUGUGUAACUUUAGGGGGAGAGAGGCUAUGUUAUUACCAGCAGUAUCUCAGAUACACUGACGGUUAGGGUUAUUUUUUAAAUACCUGUGGCACGUUGCAAUAGCUUACGUACUGUUAUCUAGUGGAGUUGAAUGGGCCCACAUUGGCUGGUUGAGGAUAAAUGGGAGGCUGCUAUUUACAGAGUAGUCCAUUCGCGAACAGGCAAUUAGACUUGACUUCCUCCUACGUCCUUCUCCUCCUAAAUGUAUGGUGUCCCAGUGUUGUUAUGUCACUGUAUAGGCAUCAUGGAGUGCUGAUGUAUGACUCUGUGUAGCCUAUACUGGCUUGUGUUAAAUGCUAAUGUAUGACUCUGUGUAGCCUAUACUGGCUUGUGUUAAAUGCUAACGUGUGACUCUGUGUAGCCUAUACCGGCUUGUGUUAAAUGCUAACGUGUGACUCUGUGUAGCCUAUACCGGCUUGUGUUAAAUGCUAACGUGUGACUCUGUGUAGCCUAUACUGGCUUGUGUUAAAUGCUAACGUGUGACUCUGUGUAGCCUAUACUGGCUUGUGUUAAAUGCUAACGUGUGACUCUGUGUAGCCUAUACCGGCUUGUGUUAAAUGCUAACGUGUGACUCUGUGUAGCCUAUACUGGCUUGUGUUAAAUGCUAACGUGUGACUCUGUGUAGCCUAUACUGGCUUGUGUUAAAUGCUAACGUGUGACUCUGUGUAGCCUAUACUGGCUUGUGUUAAAUGCUAACGUGUGACUCUGUGUAGCCUAUACCGGCUUGUGUUUAAUGCUAAUGUGUGUCUCUGUGUGUGUUUCUAUUCUCCAGUGUACAAGUCUCCAGAGUAUGAGUCCCUGGGCUUUGAGCUGACUGUGGAGCGCCUGGUCCACAUCGGUUACCCCCAGGAGCUGCUCAGCUUCGUCUACGACCCCGCCUUCCCCACCAGGUGACCACACACACACAUACACACACCAGGUGACCACCAAUCACAUCAUACCACAGUUAAUGUUGUUGCCAUGGCGACGACGUUAUAAUGCUAUAAAAAAAUAAAGGAAAAUGCUUUAUCAACGGGGCACUAUCUGUACUUUAUUACCAGGUACCUAUCACAUCAUUGUUGCCAUGGUGAGGACGUUUUAAUGCUAUAUUUGUACCUGGAUGCGUGGGUUUCUAAUUUGGUCCUGGUUGUAGCUAGGUAGAUUUUCUGAUGGUCUUUUUAAAGAUCAUGUAUAAACUAUUUAUAGAUGUAUUAUAACUGACUGAAUCAUGUUUUUUCUCUGUAUUUCUUCAGAGGCCUGGUGUUUGACACCAUGUAUGGGAACCUGUUGAAGGUGGAUGCGUACGGCAACAUCCUGGUCUGUGUCCACGGGUUCAAUUUCCUACGAGGGUAAAUAGUGAACCCAAUACUCUCCUAACCUUCUCACAAUGUCCUCCCUACAUCCCCUCCCCCUGAUCAUUGACCGCUUUGAAGGUUAGAUCUACCUGCCAAGAAAGUCUCCUGACAUUGUAUUUUAUUUUUCUCUUCUCUCCCCAGACCUGAAAUUCGGGAGCUAUACCCGAACAAGUUCAUCCAACGUGACGAUACUGAACGUUUCUAUAUCCUCAACACUCUCUUCAACCUGCCAGGUAGAAGGAGGAGAGAUUCUGUCCAUGACAGAGCCAUUACAUUGUUUAAAAAUGUUUUUAUCUCCAUCUAGAUACAACUGUCAUUCAUAAGAGGGACAAGCCCAGACAUGCCCUCCAUUUUGUCUGAGCACAGUUUGAGGCAAGGCCAUGGAGUUCAACUCAACUUUAUUGACACUCGAUUGAUUUUAUAGUACAGUUUCCCUCUCUCUCCACAGAGACCUACCUCUUUGCCUGCCUCGUGGACUUCUUCUCAAACUGUGACAGAUAUGCAAGGUAAGGAAUCCCUAAUCACACUACCCACCUUAUUUUUCUUGUUUGUUAUAUAAUAAAUAUGCAACUAAUUCCUGGAUAUGACAUGGCAACAGUGAUAAGCCAAUUAGACAACAUGACAACAGGGUAGGUCCAUAUCUCAGCCAAAAAAAAUCCUCUAGCCCUAACCCUGAUAAGCCAGUGGUUGAGCAAUAGGACAACCCUUUAUUGUGUCAUAAACUAGAUACUUUAUUAGGAUUACUCCGCUAUCUGAAUGAUUAUUGAUCUUUGAUACUAAUCAUUCAACGAAUGCAUGCAGUAAUGUAAUUCUAAAUUCCAUAUCUUCAGAUUAUAUUACUUUUUAUUAUGUAAAUUAAUAUGUAAUGACUAAUCAUCAUCUAGCAUGAUGUAAUAUCAUGAUGUCUAUCUUCUUGAUAUAAUUAUACAAUCAUUUGUUAGCGAUAGUUUUAAUGAAUUCUAUGUGUGACGAUGUAAUCUGCAAUGGAAUGGCUGCAUGUCUUCUCCUCUGAAAUGAGUUGUUGGUCUUUUAGGGGGAGAUUGCUUUCCUGUUUGGCUGGAAACCACCUCAAACAAGGGAAGACUAUCCCAUUUAAAAGCAAAACAAAAACAAAACAAAAAUGUAGUGAAAAUGGCUACUAGCGUUUAAAAGCAAAGCUCUCUGUCUGGCCUUGGCCUGUCCACUGGCUCUGUGUGUCCCUCUCCUCCCCCCUUACCUCAGCUGUGAGACGGGCUUUAAAGAUGGCGACCUCUUCAUGUCCUUCAAGAGCAUGUUCCAGGACAUCCGCGACGCCGUCGAUUGGGUCCACUUCAAGGUAGCGUGAUGAUGAAGUCUAUCACAAAGCAAUAAUUUAGUCACUUCAAUUCACUUUACUUCCAUUUCAAGGUAGUAUUUGGGGUAAACGCACAAUGAUCUUUAUCUUGAAGCAAUCAUUUAUUGUUUAUCGUAGUGCUAAUGGUAUGUACACUGACUGAUUGAGAUGGUUUACAGUGAGUGCCAUCAUAAAGAAGACAUUUUGUAUGAUAUACAUGAAUACUUGUUAUUUUUCUAUGUAUUUCAACCCAUUUACCUGUAGUCCUGUCUUCCAGGGCACCCUGAAGGAAAAGACAGUAGAGAACCUUGAAAAAUACGUAGUGAGAGAUGUAAGUACACACGUUAACAUUUUAUCAGCCCCUUUACCGCUCAAUUUACCGUAUUUUCCGCACUAUAAGGCGCACUUAAAAGCCUUUACAUUUCUCAAAAUACGACAGUGCGCCUUAUAAUCCGGAGCGCCUUAUAUAUGGAUCAAUUGGUUAAUUGGUUGAUCCAUACUGGUUGUACACGGCGCUCAAGGCGCUCUGUCAAAAUGUUUCAGUAUGAAAAACCAAUAAAAACAAUUUAAUAAUAAUGAAAUGUUUCAGUACGACUGGUAAACUACAAAGCCGCACCGCUUGCAGCAUUACGGCUACAGUAGUCAGUAAACACCGGUACUGUGCUUACUCACAGUCCCACACCACUUGUGUGUGUAUAAAGACCCCAAAAUUGUUGUCAGAAUGCUUAAUAAAGUUUGACUUUAUCUGACUGUUUUGUUGACAUUCCCUUUAGCACAGCUCCAUCUAGUGGAUGCAUAACGCAACCCCAGUCAAACGUUUGACUGCAGUAUCUUCUAUUCUAUGCGCCUUAUAAUCCGGUGCGCCCUAUAUAUGAAAACAGUUCUAAAAUAGGCCAUUCAUUGAAGGUGCGCCUUAUAAUCCGGUGCGCCUUAUAGUCCGGAAAAUACGGUAUAUCAUAUUCCUAUGGGAACACACUAACAUGACUUCAAAUAGGUUAACAGUUACUUGAAGUCUGUCUGUAUUCCCGUAGGAACACACUGUAUAUGAUAAUGACUUUGUAAUAUUUAAUGUUCUCUCCCAUGAAGGCAAAGUUACCUCUCCUGCUGAGUAGAAUGAAUGAAGUAGCCAAGGUGUUCCUGGCCACCAACAGUGACUACAAAUACACACACGUGAGUACACAGUACUGACCACUGUUUACACACACACAAUGGGGAAUGGACGCUUCACAUGCGCAAUACACAGUAACAGACACCUUCAGAGUCCAAAACAAUAGGGAAGUCCUGCCUUGUUAAACGUCCAUGCAAAACAACAUUAAUGUGCAAAGCAAACGUACACACACCUUCACAAAACAUGUCCUGGCAAACUGUCACGUUUGCAUAUGAAACUGGGGUGAUGUGUUUGCAUACUGAACUGGGGCGUAUAGCUACAGCAUCUGUCCCAGUCACAAAGGCAUUUAAAUGAGAUGACUAAUAGACUUGUUAUGUCGUUUAAUUUUCUCACAGAAGAUCAUGACAUACCUUUUUGACUUCCCCCACGGCCCAAAGGUAAGAGAAUAAUUUGAACAUUCAUACAUGGGAUUCUUCCAUAGACAUGAAAUCUUCUUAACUUAUAUAGAUGCAUGUUGUUAACUAUAGUCUGUACAUAUUGACCAGAAUCUGUCUGUGGUUGUGUUGCAGCACGGGACGUCCCACCGGCCGUGGCAGUCAUACUUUGACCUGAUUCUGGUGGACGCCAGGAAGCCUCUGUUCUUUGGAGAGGGAACGGUGCUCAGACAAGUCGACACAGUGAGUAAAACACCCUCACACCUCUACACUCACACAGAUGGAGAAGGGGUUCUGUCAGAAUACCAUGCCAAGACUUUGAGUGUGAUAACCAAAUAGUGUGAUAACCUAAUAGUGUGAUAGCCGCACACGUGUGAUAGCCUAAUAGUGUGGUAGCCGCACAUGUGGGGUAGCCUAAUAGUGUGGUAGCCUAAUAGUGUGGUAGCCGCACACGUAGGGUAGCCUAAUAGUGUGGUAGCCUAAUAGUGUGGUAGCCUAAUAGUGUGGUAGCCGCACACGCAGGGUAGCCUAAUAGUGUGGUAACCUAAUAGUAUGGUAGCCGCACACGUGGGGUAGCCUAAUAGUGAGGUAACCUAAUAGUGGGGUAACCUAAUAGCUAAUUGGUCACACAAUGUGAAGUACAACUUCUACAAAAUUUAUAAUCGAGGGCCAGUACUUGACAUUGUUUUGCGGUGAGGCUACUGUUUGGAGUGAAGCUACUGUUCUAUGUGUUCUCUGUUGUUAGACGACAGGGCGGCUGAAGAUCGGGACCUACACAGGACCCCUGCACCAUGGCAUUGUCUACUCUGGAGGUAAGAUAUAUUACCUGGGGAAAUACACUGACUCAUAGCACUUCAAACUUCACAAAUCAUCUAACUAGUAGAGGACUUAUAAACAAGAUGGAUCUCAGUUAACCUUUAUUUAGCCAGCAUUGUCUUCUCAACAACUUUCACUGUUCUCCAGGGAGCCCUGGGAGCCCUAAAAACAAAACAAUGGGAUAAAUCUAAAAACAACAAGGUUAAAUCUUUAAUAAAACAACAUCCAUUCUUUAAUAAAACAACAUCUACAUUUCAAUAUGUCCCUCUCUCUCCCCCAGGUUCUUCUGACAUCGUGUGUGACCUGCUGGGGGCCAAGGGCAAGGACAUCGUCUACAUCGGAGACCACAUCUUCGGGGACAUCCUCAAGUCCAAGAAACGCCAGGGCUGGAGGACCUUCCUGGUCAUCCCCGAGCUGGCCCAGGAGUUGCAUGUCUGGACUGACAAGAGCUGUGAGUCACACACACAGUCACACACACAGUCACACACACACAGUCACACACACACAGUCACACACACACAGUCACACACACAAAAGGACGGACGGACAAACCCAUGCAAUUAGCUAGACAGCCGUGUGCACACAGGCAGAGGCUGAUAGACACACACACACUAGAGAGCAGUAUUCCUCUGUAGCUCAGUUGGUAGAGCAUGGCGCUUGCAACGGCCAGAAUUAUGGGUUCGGUUCCCGGGACCACCCAUACGUAAAAUGUAUGCACGCAUGACUGUAUGUCGCUUUGGAUAAAAGCGUCUGCUAAAUGGCAUACGGUGCCUUCAGAAAGUAUUAAUAUCCCUUGGCUUAUUCCACAUUUUGUUGUGUUACAGCCUGAAUUCAAAAUGAAAUAAAAUUUUUACACACAAUACCCCAUAAUGACACAUGUUUGUGUUUUAUUGAAAAUGAAAUACAGAAAUAUCUCAUUUACAUAAGUAUGCACACCCCUGAGUCAAUACAUGUUAGAAUCACCUUUGGCAGUGAUUACAGCUUUGAGUCUUUCUGGGUAAGUCUCUAAGAGCUUUGCACACCUUGAUUGUACAAUAUAUGCACAUUAUUAAAAUAAUCAAGCUCUGUCAAAUUGUUUGUUGAUCAUUGCUAGACAGCCAUUUUCAAGUCUUGUCAUAGAUUUUCAAGCCAAUUUUAAGUCAAAACUGUAACUAGGCCACUUAGAAACAUUCAACGUAAUCUUGGUAAGCAACUCCAGGUUAUAUUUGGCCUUGUGUUUUAGAUUAUUGUCCUGCUGAAAGGUUAAUUUGUCUCCCAGUGUCUGUUGGAAAGCAGACUGAACCAGGUUUUCCUCUAGGAUUUUGCCUGUGCUUCGCUUUAUUCCAUUUAUUUUUAUGCUAAAAAUCUCCCUUGCCGAUGACAAGCAUACCGAUAACAUGAUGCAGCCACCACCAUGCUUGAAAAUAUGAAGAGUGGUACUCCGUGAUGUGUUGUGUUGGAUUUGCCCCAAACAUAACGCUUUGUAUUCAGGACAUGAAGUAUUUUUUGAAGUUUUUGAUGCAUGUUUUGGAAUAUUUUUAUUCUGUGCAGGCUUCCUUCUUUUCACGCUGUCAUUUAUAUUAGUAUUGUGGAGUAACUACAAUGUUGUUGAUCCAUCCUCAGUUAUCACAACCAUUAAACUCUGUAACUGUUUUAAAGUCACUAUUGGCCUCAUGGUGAAAUCCCUGAGCGGUUUCCUUCCUCUCCGGCAACUGAGUUAGGAAGGGCGCCUGUAUCUUUGUUGUGACUGGGUGUAUUGAUACACCAUCCAAAGUGUAAUUAAUAACUUCACCAUGCUCAAAGGGAUAUUCAAUGUCUGCUUUUUUAAAAUAUUUUUACCCAUCUACCAAUAGGUGUCCUUCUUUGCGAGGCAUUGGAAAAGCUCCCUGGUCUUUGUGAUUGAAUCUGUGUUUGAAAUUCACUGCCCGAAUGAGGGACAAUUAUCUGUAUGUGUGAGGUACAGAGAUGAGUUAAUAAUUAAAAAAUCUUGUUAAACUUAUUAUGUGACUUGUUAAGCAAAUGUUUAGGCUUGCCAUAAGAAAGCAGUGGAAUACUUAUUGACUUAAGACAUUUCAGCUUUUCAUUUUUUAUUAAUUAGUAAAAAUGUCUAAACAUAAUUCCACUUUGACAUGGGGUAUUGUAUGUAGGCCAGUGACACAAAACCUCAAUUUAAUUUGAAAUUCAGGCUGUAACAACAAAAUGUGAAAAAAGUCAAGGGGUGUGAAUACUUUCUGAAGGCACUGUAUAUUACAUACAGUAUAUUAUAGCAGUGACACGUUUGCACACACUUGCAUACACACACAUUCAUGCACAGGCACACACACAAACAUAAUUGUGAAGUGUCAUUGUAGCUGUAAAAUGCCCUCGCAAACCUCUCACUGGCCUGUCUGUGACUGUGUGUGACAGCGUACCAGGGAGAGGGUGAAUGAGAGAGGGAGAGGGUGAAUGAGAGAGGGAGAGGGUGAAUGAGAGAGGGUGAAUGAGAGAGGGAGAGAAAGAGAAUGAAAGAGGGGGAGAAUGGAAAAGCGACAGAUGGAACAAGAGUGAGCCAACACCAGUGAUUUAAGAGAAGUGGUGUAAAGUACUUAAGUAAAAAUACUUAAGUAGUUUUUUGGGGGGUAUCUGUACUUUUCCCACCACUGAUGAAGGGAGAGGGAGAUAUUUUAUGACUGUGAUACUUACCCUGGCCUCCCUUUCCUCUUCUGUUUUACAGCAUUAUUCGAGGAAUUGCAGGGCCUGGACAUUUUCUUGGCAGAGCUCUACAAGUGAGUACUGCGCCAUCUACUCCCCUACAGCACCCCUCUGCUCGCUCUCUAGGCUGCCUCUGCACCUGGCGUGUGUGUGUGAACGACUGUGUUUGAGUGUGUGUGUUUGUGUGUGGCGCCGUCAGCUCCCUGUGUGUGUGCGAGCGUGUGUGUGUCGACCUUGGACCAAAGUCUACAGGGUUGGCCCCAUCGAUCUGAUAACUGGCAUCACAGUCAGAUUACUGUUUCUAAACUGGCUGAAGUCUAUCUAUCUAGGCCAGUCCCCUUUCCCCCUUACUCUUUAUAAUAGUGACUGGCACUGUCCUCUCUCUCUCGCUCUCGCUCUCGCUCUCGCUCUCACUCUCUCUCUCAAUCCCCUUCUUCUCUGUACCUCUUGCCCUCUAUCUAACCCAUUAUCUCUCGAUCUCUCCAGGCAUCUGGACAGCAGUAGUAAUGAGAGGCCUGACAUCAGUGCUCUCCAGAGAAGGGUCAAGGUACAGAUUCUACACACGUGUUUCCAUAGCAAUUAGAGAAACAUUAUACAAUAUGUCCACAUGUGUCCCUGAAUAGUUACAGGUUUCAGUUUUGUCUUUAAACCAUAUCAUUCCCAACUGGGGACUUAUAUGGUCUUAUAACCCCUCAGUAAAUUCCUGAAAAUAGGCUUUGAUCCUCCUCCCGUCCCGUCGAAGGCUUGGAUAUACCGGAACACAAGUCGUUGAAUUUCCAUUGUCCUCCUAGAGGAAUUUUGUAUUUAACCAGGAAAAUACCCUUUAGAGGGGGACCUGGCAAGAGGUCAGCAGGAAGUAGUCAGCAUGUAAACGUAACACAAGAGCACAAUACCAUACAUUUAAAACAUAUCUGACAAUGGUCAUCAUGUUCUUCUAUCAGAGCUUGAAAUAUUGUCUGAGUGUCUUUUGGCUGAGUAUCUUUACUAAACCCAGUGUUGUUCUCCCCUCCCCAGAAAGUGACCCAUGACAUGGACAUGUGCUAUGGUAUGAUGGGUAGUCUGUUCAGGUCUGGCUCCAGACAGACUCUGUUUGCCUCUCAGGUGAUGCGCUAUGCUGACCUGUACGCUGCCUCCUUCAUCAACCUCCUGUACUAUCCCUUCAGCUACCUCUUCAGAGCUGCACACGUACUGGUGAGUCACUUACUUUAUUGAAUUAGUUUGUUGAUUCUUGCUAACAGUUUACAAAAAAAACUGAAGAAAUGCAGCAUUUACAGAAUAAAAUAUUGUAGAGAAAAUAGCAUAAGAUACAGCCCUUUCUUUUCUUAAUUGGAAAUUAAGAUGCACAUGAAUCAACAUUUCCGGCUAGUUUAAUUAGAAAUAUACAGUACUUGACUCUUAUUAACUUAGACUGAACCCUUACAUAGUCUGGCACCCAUCUAGCUGAAAAACUGACAUGCAGAGUGAAAUUUGCAUUAGAGUUGGUAUUUAUGAGGGGGAGUUAUCCUCUCAUUUCAAUUCAAUACAAAUGUCUUUACCAGACAUAUUAUCUGAAACAUUCACAUCACAUACACACAAUAAUCAAUAUUCUGUAUAACAAGUUCAACGCAUGGUAAUAAUAUUUUUAUCAUAAAAACGUAUUGGUGAGCUGAAACUCUCUUUACUAGCUAUUAGCCAACUGGAAGUGGUCGGAGUUGACUUUGGUAGUAGCCUCUCUCCUCACCCUCUCUCUCUCUCUCUCUCGCUGUCUCUCUCUCUCUCUCCCCCCUUCCCAGAUGCCCCACGAGUCAACGGUGGAGCACGCGCACAUCGACACGGACACCGAGUCCCCCCUGGCCACACGCAACCGCCACUGCACCGACAGCAAGGACCUGGAGUGCUGUAGCAACAAGAACCGCAGCCAGCUGACCCGGUCCAUCAGUGAGAUCAAACCCCCCAACAUGUUCCCCCAGACCCCCCAGGAGAUCACCCACUGCCACGAUGAAGAUGAUGAUGAGGAGGAGGAAGAGUAGAUGGAGAGAUAGAGGAGGAGUGAAAAACCGGCUUGAUUCCUUCCUGAUGAUUCCCUAAGGGGUUUUAGGAUAUAUAUACUUAUAGGUAGUUAUAGACUAUACUGUAGUCUAUAGAAGUCCACAGUAGAAGUCAAUGCAGGAUACAUUGGAAUGAGGGGGGAGGGGAAAUUGACAUUGUGAUGUAUCUAUAGGAGAUUUAUAUAUAGAGAAAUUGAGCUACUUUUUAUACUAGAGAUGUAUGAGUAUGCGAGUGUCUGAGAUCUAUAGGUUUUAUUCAUCAGAUCAGUCAACUGUAUGUUACUACAGUAACAGUUGCUGCUUGUUUCUCAAAAAAACGUUGCCCCGUGCCCACCACUUUUCAAGUUUUAUGUUUUCAAUGGUUGUUUUUCUAUGAUGGAAUGGGAAAAGGUUGACUUGAAGUUGGUACUUUUUUUAGUUGAUGAAGCUAAAACCGUUUUUACGGCAUGUGAUGUUGUAGCAGACAGAUAUACAUGAAUACACACAAGAAGCAAAUAUUACAAACACGACUUUUCUCUAUACUGACCUUACACAGUGUCUGGUCAUAGAGAAUCACUUUUUGUGUGUGUUUACAUAGUAUACCAUAAUGUAGGCACCAUACUGUAGUUUGAAUGUGAAGCGCUAAGGCAGAAUAGCCUUUGCCAAACAGUAUGUACAGUACUGUAUAUAAACUCUAUAUACUGUUUUGCUGUUAUCCUUUUGAAAUGAAAGAAAGUGUUCUAGCCUUGCGGUACUGGCGUUGAAAGAACACGAUUAUCGAGCAACAUGGAAAUCCAAAAACAUGGUCCAAAAAGUAUUUUCUCACUGUUUGUUAUUUUUAUACUUUUUUUGCAGUAUAAUUCCUCCCGUCGUGACUCUGCAAAACACAGCUUGUGUGUGUCUGGCCUUGGCCAAUCAAAAGUUGAUUUUACGUCGUCCUGAGCGACUAUAACCAAGGCAUCCAUAAUUGUACUAAAGAACAGUGUGGUGUAUGUUUUGGGUUAUACAAAGCACAAGUCUGAUUGUGGGUAACUAAUUGUCAAUAUUAGCUCAAUAUGACAUGAAGCGUGUUGUCUAUUUAAAGGAUGGUGCACAUAAUGUAAUCUGUGACUCUGUAUGGCUAAUUUCAACUGACGUUUUGAAAUGCAUGUUGUUUCUAGGCAACCGUGUGUACAGGGUAACAGUUAUGCUGUAUCUGUACAGAUGGGCUCAAUGGCAACUACAGUGUAUGUGGAUUGUCACAUAGGCCUAAUGCUGCGGCACAUAACAUUGUAAGCUAUGGAGAGGCUGUGACCAGUAUUACUGUUCUCAUACAUUAUACUGUAAAAUGCAAGACAUUCAUCUUGCAAAGACCAUUUUCUUGUUCUCCUGUAGGAUGAUAUGAGAUAUCGAAACCUGCGACAUCGUUACACUAUGUACAGCUAACAUGUAGUAGUAGUUUACCUUUUUUACUAAGCUUGGAGUUGUUUUGUUGGGGAUUCUCUUGAAUAUUACAUCGUAACAGUUUUAUUUUUCAUUGCAAUAGAACCGCUUUAGUUAGAACUGUCAUUCACCCCUACCUAACCGUGUGCCAUGUGUGAUUAAUAUGGUCUAGUGUUUCCCAAGUAAUUAUUUGCAGUUAACAUAGAGUACGUUAUGUAAUAGGAACAGACCUGGGUUCAAAUACU